AUGAACAACCCGUAUGGUCGUGCCUCGGCUUCCCCGAAACAGUCACAGUCUACAUCAUCGGUGGCGACCAAAAAGAGAUCAUCGUCGUCGAUUCGACGGGAUGAUGCCGAUGCCGGAGGAGGCGGUGUGGGUGUUGAGGGUUGGGUGGAUGACAACAAUGAUGCCAACAGGAAACGCUCCAUUAUCAAACGGAAUUCAAAGAGCCAGGUUAAUGCGGACGGAAUGCGGAUAAUGCCCAAGCCGGAAAGGGACCCCAGGGACGCCCUGAUCGCCGACUUGAAGACGGAUCUGGAAAAGUUGCGGAAAAUCUGCACUUGUGUCAUUUGUCAGGACCUGCUGUUCGAACCCUAUUUCUUCCAGUGUGGCCAUGUUUAUUGCUACGGGUGUAUCGUAUCAUGGGUUGCCCAGGCAAAAUCUAAGAAGCAGAGAUUCUGUCCGCAGUGUAGAAUGGCGGUUGCAACGGAGCCGGCGCCAGCGUAUAUGGUUCGAGACAUGAUUGAAACGUUCGUUCAUCGAGAGGAGUUAUUCUCACCGUCAUCCGGACUGGAGUUACGGAAGCAACAGAAAGAAAUGCAGCACCAAAUAAGAAGCGACAGGGCUCCCGGCGGCCCGGGACUUUUCAGAGGAAUAUUCACAAAUGCAAUCCUAUAUGGCAUCCGGGAUCCAGAAGACGAUGUUAUCCGGUGCCCUCGCUGUAUGUGGGAGGUGCAUGGCAGUCGAUGCGCAAAUCCGGAUUGCGGGGCGAGGGUUCACCAGCGCAGAGAUGGUCACGAGCUCGAGGACAGCGAAUCGGGAAGCGACACUGAGGAAGGCAGUGAGCCGGAAACAGAUGGCGGUAUUGGAGCUCCCGAUAGGUGGCCCGAAAGCAUCGUUGGCGAAGAGGAUGACUGGGAGGAUGCUGGAGAGGACGAUGACGAUGACGGUUUUGAUGAUAUUGAUGACGUGUCGGAUCGGCGGCGAUUCGCGCCAUAUGGAGGACCGGAGACUCGUUUCUUCGGACAGAAUCAGCGGCGAAUCGGCAACAGCCAAGAAGCGGAAGACACUGAUGAGGAUGAAGAUGAAGAUUCCGACGGUACUGUGGGAAGUUUAGCGGAUUUCAUCGAUGAUGAAAGCCCGCAGGUGUCGCGUAGGGUUCCUGGGCGAGGUGGUCCUUGGGCCUUAACUUCGUCCCCUGCUCAGGCAUCGUCACCGGCUCGGGCAUCAAUUACCGCAGCCCGGAGACAAAAUGCGCGGCCAAUCAUCGUUGAUGACGAUGACGAUGACGCGCAAUCUUCGUUUUCCGAAGCGUCUUCAAGACCAGCGGUCGGUACCAGGCGGAACAACCGCUACCAGAACACACGCCAUAUCUCGCUCUCAAGUGACUAUGAUGACGACGAGCAGAGCUUGCUGGAAUCGAAUGGAUAUCAGGCUCUUUUGGGCAACCAGACUGAUCACACUGCUACUGAGGACGAAGACGAUGGAUUCUCGAGCCCGCCCAUCCGGUCGAUGGUGGGAAGACGGAAUGGCGUUGGAAGAGGCAGCGGUCCUGGCAGCGUGUUUAGUGUUCCCGAGGAGGAUGAAUUCGGUGAUGCGGACGAAAGUGAGGAUCAAGAUGGCGAUGUCGUGAUGACCGGAAGCCAACAGAACAGAAACACUGGGACUGCGGCUAGACAGCAAGCUAGGCGGAGCAAUUCCGGUCAGACUUGGAGUCAGCCCGUCGAGGUGGAUUCGGCCAGUGAGUCCGAGGUGGCUGCUAGUCGUCGCCGUAGAAGAACGCCCACCCAGCAGGCAUCACAAGCGGCACGCAACAAUUACUUCUCCAAUCACCAGAGAAACGGAAAUGGAAAUGGAGGUUCUCGGAACAGGAAUAACCGGCCGAACAUGGAAGUGGAUCCCAGUAUUUUUGGCCUCUUCUCCCAACACGGCCAACAGCUCCGGGAGACCCAGUUUAACGCUCUCGGUCGCAAUUCAUCUUCGGUUUCCCCGGCAAGGUCUAUGACGCCCGUUCAACGCCCAGGAUCGGGUCGCCGUAGCAGUGCUGCAAACAGAGGAGGAACGCCCUUGUCGCCGCUUCGGGCAAUGCACGAUGCGACAAUGAUCUCCUCUUCUAUGCAAGCCUCGCCAAAUUCCACACCUCAGCGACAGGCACCCUCGUCCAUUCCCGGCACAUCCAGCCCAGCCCAAAUCACCCCCGGAAACAACAAUCCGUGGCAGCGCGGCCUAUCACUUUCUCCGCGACAGGGAGGCGUCAGUUAUGGUCACAGCAUCUUCUCGCAACUCCAGCCUCGGCGAAUCAGCAGUCCUGCUGUCAGAGUCCGUUCCAGGACGUCGAAUAGGGAACUUCGAUCCGGAUCAGGCUCACGUAUGGGGAUGCGCAAUAACUCCAAUACACCCACCUCCCCACAUGCGCAAUCGUCGUCGUUCGCCGGUGGUACAUCGAUAGCAGGCUUACAAGGCAGAGUUCCGCCUCCGCCGCCGACACAGCAGCCACAGCACAACCAGCCAACGGUGCAGCAACGGCAGCAACUGCAACAAAUGCAACAGCAGCAGAUACUACAACGUCAGCGUCAACAGCAGAUCGACCAGCAGAUCCAGCAUCAGAUCCAGCAGUCGCAGUCGCAGCAGUCGCAGCAGUCGCAGCAGUCGCAGCAAUCGCCGCAUCAAUCACCACAGCAACGUCACCAGCAACUCCACCAGCAGCAGCAGCAACGCCAACGCCAACCUCUAUCGGCUCCUCCGCAGAUUCCACCCAGACCAGGGCCAGAUGGCCCGAAUCGGGGCGUGACACCGGAAGACAUCAGGGCACGAGGCGAGCUGAUCAGGCAACAGCAGCUCAGGAUGAUUAAUGGAGGCGGACCGCUGCGGCCAAGUUCUGGAGAGGGAACCAAUGGUGGUGGAAACGGAAGCAAUGGCUCGUCACCGAGCAAUGCUGGGGCGGACAUGUCCGACAACCACCGACGAGGAGGCAGGCUGGGCGCAUUGAUCGGGGGCGGGCCGGCGGAUCAGAGGGGAGGAGGUCCAAUGUUGGUCGUGGGACGGGAUGAUGACCACACAUUCUAA